UGUGUGUGCCGUGGGUGGGUCGCAGCGCAUCGAUACCACCCGCGGUAACGCGACAGACAGCGUGCAUUUUUAGCUGUGCUCUAGUUUGAUUUUGGUUUUAUUUUUUAAAUCAUGCGUGCGUGCGAAUCGGUUCGGUAUCAUAACAGAAGCACGCACGGAUCAGAAACCGACUGCUUAGAUUUGUGCAGUCAAUGGCCGUGCCAAUUGGCAUUAGUUUCCGAUCGGCAGUGCGUUAGUGCAGUUCAAAAAUUGUUGGUCCGCGAUAAGCGCGACCAUCCUCCUUUUGCACCAUUCAAACAGGGAUUAUCUAACCGCGGGAGGGGGGAAGGCGUUGAUUAAUCCGCGUUUUUUUUUUUCGUUGGUGGCGUUUUGUGUGGAACAACAAUUUUUGAAAGUGAACUAUUGUGGCCGAGUUUUUGAGAGACGCAAUAAACGGCACUUUACGGCGAAGAGGAGGUCCCAAGUGGCUGCACGUGCGUUUUUAGCAGACAACGAUCAACAGGGCAGCAGCUCCUUAGCGCACCAGCUCAAGCCGUCUUUGUACGGUUAUCAUACUAUCAACAAGACUCGCCGCCCCGGUCGUAUCUUCCGGUAGCCUUCCUACCCCAUCUGCAUCAUGCCCUGCAGAACGUGUGGCAAAGACUGCAAAUGUUUGCGCAUGAUGAGCAAGCGCAGCUGCGGUUGCCGGCCGUGCGAUUCCGAUUGCACCUGCAGCUGUAACACCAGCUCGAGUAGGUGCAUGGGUCCGGCGCAGGUUGAGGGCGGCGCCCGGAGCAAGCAGGAAGGGACCGACCAGGAUCAGGGUGGAUGUGGAUGUACCGGCGGUGGUGAAGGCGGCACGGUCGGGUGUGGCGAUUCCUGCUCCUGUUAGACGCUGGCUACGCAAAUCCGUAACAUUAGAUCUGGAACAAUAAAACCACGCUCUGAGCAAAUCUGAA